AUGUUGAGCAAAGACCGAACUGAAAUCUUUCCCUCACGAAUGGCACAGACCAUCGUGAAGGCUCAAUUAAAAGGAGCACAGACAGGUGGAAACCUCCUGAAGAAAAAGUCUGAUGCCUUAACUCUUCGAUUUCGACAGAUCCUAAAGAAGUUCACAGAGACUAAAAUGUUGAUGGGGGAAGUGAUGAGAGAAGCUGCCUUUUCACUUGCUGAGGCCAAGUUCACAGCAGGGGACUUCAGCACUACGGUCAUCCAGAAUGUAAAUAAAGCCCAAGUGAAGAUUCCAGCAGAGAAAGAUAAUGUAGCAGGUGUCACUUUGCCAGUGUUUGAACACUACCACGAAGGAUCUGACAGUUAUGAGCUGACCGGUUUAGCCCGAGGUGGGGAACAACUGGCUAAAUUAAAGAGGAAUUACGCCAAAGCAGUGGAACUACUGGUGGAACUGGCCUCGUUGCAGACUUCCUUUGUUACUUUGGACGAAGCCAUUAAGAUAACCAACAGGCGUGUAAAUGCCAUUGAACACGUCUUCAUCCCCCGGAUCGAAUGCACCCUCGCCUAUAUCAUAACAGAACUGGGUGAAAGAGAACGAGAAGAGUUCUAUCGGUUAAAGAAAAUACAGGAGAAGAAAAAAAUUCUCAAGGAAAAAUCUGAGAAGGACUUGGAACAACCGAGGGCAGCUGGAGAGGUGAGGGAACCUGCCAAUCUCCUGGCUAAAGAGAAGAAUGAGGACCUUCUGUUCAAAUAG